AUGUCCCAACCGCGCGAGUAUCCCGUCCUCCCCCCGCGAAAGCACCCUCGCCAAUCUCCCGGCGGACCGAUUAACCGUCUUGUCGUGCUGGACGACGAUCCAACAGGAACCCAAACCUGUCAUGACAUCUCCGUCCUAGCAGUCUGGGACAUCCCAACGCUGACCGCCGAAUUCCAAACCUCAAAACCAGGCUUCUUCAUCCUCACAAACUCGCGCGCCCUCCCACCAGAUGAAGCAGAGCAGCUCAUUCAUGAGAUCUGCACCAAUGUCGCUCAAGCCGCCAACGCAACGAAUCAAAAAGUCGACAUUGUUCUCCGCGGUGACAGCACUUUGCGCGGCCAUUUCCCUUUGGAACCUGACGUCGCGCAAAAGGUCUUUGGACCCGCGGACGCCCUAGUCCUUGCCCCAUUCUUCUUCCAGGGUGGUCGAUUCACAAUUGACGAUGUGCACUAUGUUGCCGAGGGUGAAAGUUUGGUACCUGCAGGAGCCACGCAGUUUGCUAAAGAUGCUACGUUUGGAUACAAGAGUUCCAAUCUAAGGGACUAUGUACUUGAAAAGGCACCUGGGAGAUUUAGCAAAGAUCAAUUGCACUCUGUCACAAUUGAUGACAUCAGGACAGGCGGGCCGCAGGCUGUUUGUGAAAAGUUACUUGCUACGCCAAAGGGUGGAGUGGUGAUCGCCAAUGCUGCCGCUGAGUCUGACAUGCAUGUCUUCGUUGCAGGGUUGUUGCUCGCUGAGUCGCAAGGUAAACAUUUCCUCUACCGCACCGGCGCUGCAUUCGUUUCAACUAGGCUGGGCAUUCGCUCCAAGGCGCCUAUUUCCGCAACUGAGCUCAAUUUGCCAUCACCUCGCCAGACAGGCGGGCUGAUUAUUGCCGGGUCCUAUGUUCCCAAAACCACCGCGCAGCUAAAAGUGCUGACGGAUCGACGGGGGGCCACCGGCCAACUGGCAAUCAUUGAGAUGAAAGUCGAUGAGCUGAUUGGGUCACCUGAAACUGCAUUGAAAGCUGUGCAGCGUGUCGUGGAUGAGACUGAGUCGUAUCUGCGGUCUGGGAAGGAUACGCUGGUCAUGACGAGUCGAAAGCUUGUUACUGGUGGUGAUGAGCUGUCGUCGCUCAAGAUUGGGACUGCUGUUGCUGAGGCACUGGUGAGUGUUUUGCGGCGCAUUGAGGUGCAGCCGCGAUUUAUCAUUGCUAAGGGCGGUAUCACUUCUUCGGAUGCUGCGACUAAAGGUUUGAACGUUAAGCGGGCUACGAUCGUAGGCCAGGCGGCGCCGGGUGUGCCUCUCUGGCGAUGCGAUGAGGAGACGAGUCGUCACCGUAGUGUACCCUUUGUUGUCUUCCCGGGUAAUGUCGGUGGAGAGGAGACACUUUGUCAAUUGGUAGAAGGCUGGAGCUAG